UCCUCUGAUCAGGACAGAGUAUAGGUAAAGGUUGGCACGGUCACUCAGGGUAAGAGGGGAGAUAGGAAUAGAUCAGAGGGUGUCUGUAGAGUGGACGGUCCCUCAGCCCCGGUAGAACAAUGCUACAAUGAGCAGCUUCUUUGACUACUCAGCGAUGAGCGGUGAAGGUGGCUCAUGCUCUGUCAGGGGUUUCCACUCGGACCACGGGAUUACAACUUUCCAGUCCUGCGCGGUUACUGUCAACAACUGCGGUGCGGAUGACCGCUUUAUGGGGAGCAGGGCUUCCCCUGACGGCAUCCCUCACCAGCCGGCUUCAUUCCAAUCUACCGCGAGCUCCCUGGGUCUCUAUGGAGCCCAUCCGGCCUGCAGCUCCAACUAUGGACCACAAAGUUUCUGUCCUACGUAUAACCAUUACGCGCUCAACCAGGAAGUAGAAUCCACCGCGGGAUUCCCCCAGUGCGGCCCACUGAUGUACUCGGGUAACAUUUCCUCCUCCAUGGUCUCUCAGCAUCGCCAAGGUUACAGUGCCGCCCCCCUGGGUCAAGUGCAGUAUGCCCAUGCUGCCUAUGGCGGCGGACAUGAGCAAGCAGCCCCUUUUCCUGGGUGCUCAAACCCGCUGUCACCACUGCACGCAGCUCACCUGGAAGCUUGUUGUUCACCUCUGUCUGAGGGUGCAUCUUCUGCACAGACCUUCGACUGGAUGAAAGUCAAGAGGAACCCACCAAAAACAGGCAGGUCUGGGGAGUACGGGUAUGGGGGCCAGCCGAACACAGUCCGGACCAACUUCACCACCAAGCAGCUGACGGAGUUGGAAAAGGAGUUCCACUUUAACAAGUACCUGACCCGUGCGCGGCGCGUUGAGAUCGCGGCCGCGCUGCAGCUGAAUGAGACUCAGGUGAAAAUCUGGUUCCAGAACCGGAGGAUGAAGCAGAAGAAGAGGGAGAAAGAAGGUCUGCUGCCGGCCAAAGCUUCAUCUUCAGACCCGGGAGAGAGCAAUCAAGAGAAAAUGGACGAUGCAGCAUCAGAGAAGUCCAUCUCAGCUCCCUCUACUCCGUCUCCCACAUCAUCCACGGUGUCUGAUCCUUACUCCUCCAACUAAAAAACAACUGCCUCCUCACCUCUUUAGGCCACAGGCGGCCUGUAUAUAUCAAAGCUCGUACCCAGCGUAUCAAAGCAAAGUCCUGGUUGGUGGAUGACAUAUAUGGACA